AUGCAAGACUUCCAGUCCAUCCCGGGCCUCGCCGGGCGGCUGUUCGGCGGCGCGGCGGCGGCGGACAUCCGGCGCGUGCAGGGCCCGGCGUCCCGGUGCGGCGUGUUCUCGCAGGCGGCGUCCGCGCAGCCGGAGGCGGCCGUCAAGUGCCCGCGGUGCGAGUCCACCAACACCAAGUUCUGCUACUACAACAACUACAACCUGUCGCAGCCGCGCCACUUCUGCAAGAGCUGCCGCCGGUACUGGACCAAGGGCGGCGUCCUCCGCAACGUCCCCGUCGGCGGCGGCUGCCGCAAGGCCAAGCGCAGCUCCUCGUCGGCGUCCGCACCGUCGACGCCCGCGGCCACGGACGCCAAGAGCCAGCGACGCGCGUCCGCGUCGUCCUCCUCCCGCUCCAACAGCGGCAGCGGCAGCGCCAGCCCCACGGCCGCUGCGGAAGAGACGACGACAACGGAGACCGAGCCCCCUCCUCCGCCCACGCCGUCGUCCAACUCCAACUCCAACGCGGUCUCCUUCGCCAACCGCAUGACGAACUACCCCUUCGCGGCAGACGUGCCACCUCCGGCGCCGAUAUUCGCCGACCAGGCCGCCGCGCUCGCGUCCCUCUUCGCGCCGCCUCCUCCACCGCCUCUCCCGGUGUUCAGCUUCUCGGCGGAGCCCAAGAUGGAGGAGGCGAUCGGGUCACUGCUGCUCCCGGGGCAGGAGGCGUCGCAGGAGCCAGAGGAGCCCACCUGCACCUCCACCGUCGCGGACAUGGCGCCGUUCAUGUCGCUGGACGCGGGGAUCUUCGAGCUCGGCGACGCGUCGCCGGCCGAUUACUGGAACGGCGGGAGCUGCUGGACGGACGUCCAGGACCCGUCCGUCUACCUACCCUAG